CCAGUUGCCGGGUGUUUCCAAGGCUAAAUAUUUUAUGCACAAAAAAUUGACUGCUGCUACCGACGCCAGGACCUUCUCAACCGUGAGUGGUCUUUAAAUAGCUAGCCGAACGCUGCGCAAAGCGUGGAGGUCCAAAUUGAAUGUUAUUUGAUUGUGUCAUACGCGGGCAUACGAAAUGAUGGGAAAGGUAACUAAGCUGGCGCUUACCAGUCGCGUCAUUGUGCUGGUGGUCCAACUGCUGGCAAACUUUGCCACGCCCGACCAUAAGCCCGACGUGUUCCGCAUGCCGCAAUCCGAAGGCCCCAAGAAGAAUGGACCGUUUCCUUGGCUCGACGAACUGGUCCUACAGAGCUUGUCGGGCCUACGGCACUGGGAUGGCGAGUACUUCCUGCACAUAGCCAGCAAUUUGUACACCUAUGAGAACACCCUGGCGUUCUAUCCUCUGUAUCCCGUCGUUGUGCGUCACGUGGCACAGGCGUGCCAGCAUCUGGGAAUACCAUUGUCCCGAGACGCGCUCAUCUUGCUCGUGGCAGUGGCCCUCAAUGUUUUAAUUUUCUGCAAGACGGCCAACGUACUAUACAAGCUGACCCAACGGAUGUUCAACGACCACAACAAGAGCUGGAACGCGGCUUUGAUUUUCUGCUUCAAUCCGGCGUCGAUAUUCUUUAGUGCCGCCUACUCGGAGACCUUCUUUGCCUUCGCCAGCUUCUCCCUUAUGCUGGAGUGCAUGAGAUCUGAAAAGGACUUUCGGACUCUUCGGCUGGGAGCUGCCUUGACUGGAUGCUUUGUCUGUCGCUCCAAUGGACUCCUAACUCUGGGAUUUCCCUUGUAUUUCCUUGCUCGCCACAUUCUGCUCUCUACAAGCUCGGUCCAGCGCUGCUGGCAGCUCUUUAAAAUGGGCCUGGCAAUGCUUGUUGCUCUUGGAAUCCUCCACACAUACUACUUCUACAUCUACCGACUAUACUGCUUGCCAGAUGUUAAGGUGCAGCAUGCCCAGCACGUCGUGGACUAUGCCAAGGAGAGGAGCUACUUGAUAUCUGGCCAGGCAUCGGUUGGUUCGCCCUGGUGCGGAUACACCCUGCCGUUCCCCUACACGUAUGUCCAAUCCCACUACUGGGAUGUUGGAUUUCUGCGCUAUUACAAGUGGAAACAGCUUCCCAACUUUCUGUUGGCACUCCCGAUGCUGCUCUUCAUGCAUUGGCACUGCUACGACUACAUCAGGAAGCUCGUGGCCAACACAUGGUCGAAGAUCAGCCCGUCCGAGUACCAAGGCAUCCUUAAGGAGCACAUUUCUUUCCCAUUCGUUCUACACGCCGCUGUGCUCACCCUCGUCUGCACGUUGUACGUUCACAUUCAAGUGUCCACCCGACUCUUGGCCUCGGCUACGCCCGUGUUCUAUUGGUUUGCCGCCGAUUACAUGCCCAACACAUUCCAGCUCUCUUUCCGCUCCAAGGCGGGGGCACUGUUCAUAUGGUGCCUCACAUACAGCUUGGUGGGCACUGUUCUCUUCAGCAACAACUACCCAUGGACGUAAAGUGGAUGAGAGGAUAAGGAGCACGAGCGCUGGCUGCCAAAGAGACUGUACAUCCGAAAGGAUUAAAUUUGUAGCAUGUAAAUAUUAUUCAUAAUGUUGACCGCAAAAUUGAAUUAAAUUUUUGAACUACGACUAAUCGA